AUGGGUUCCUUGGACCUGAAGUUGGCAAGAUUUUCAGUAACUAGAAGACCCCUGGCUGAAGUGCCGUUUCCAGCAUCUCUGGUCUUCUUUCCACCUGGACAUCCUGUAUGGACCAGGGCCUUCUUUGAAAGGGAUAUUAGUGCCCUUUCAGGUAAAAACUGUCAAGGAAAAUAUCUGAGAAUCAUCUCCGCUGAGUCUCCUGUUAAGCUUUACUGCUGCUAUGGAGUGAUCGCGGUCCUCUCUGGAGCUGUUAUUGCACUUUCUGUUGCUUUGUUAUUGUCAAGAGCAGGAAAGCCAGAAGAGGUCUCAAACAAAAAUAUCUAUUAUGAUUGUCCUAGAGAUUGGAUUGGAGUUGGAAGUAAACGUUUUUAUUUUUCUGAAAAAGUGGAAAACUGGACAUCCAGCCAGACCUUUUGCGUGGCACAAGGAGCCCAGCUAGCUAGAUUUGACAGCCCGGAGGAGCUGGAAUUCCUGAAUAGAUACAAAGGGACUUUUGACUACUGGAUUGGCCUGCACAGAGAGUCACCAGAACACCCUUGGAUGUGGACAGACAAUACUGAAUAUUAUGGCCCGGUUCUCAUUGGAGGAGUGGAGGAAUAUGCCUACCUGAAUAACAAUGGGAUCAGCAGUGCCAGAGUCUAUGCAGACAGGAGGUGGAUCUGUAGCAAGCCCAGCAGCUAUGCUCUUCAGUGCCAAAUUCCUUUACUUUCUUUCUAG